GGGGCCUGCGCUUCCCUGCGCUUCCCGCCGUCCAGGGGCGCCAGUCAUGGGCGCCGCGGCCGCUGAGGCGCCGCUCCGGCUGCCGGCCGCGCCCCCGCUCGCCUUCUGCUGCUACACGUCGGUGCUUCUGCUUUUCGCUUUCUCUCUUCCCGGGAGCCGCGCGUCCAACCAGCCCCCGGGUGGCGGCGGCGGCGGCGGCGGCGGGGACUGUCCCGGCGGCAAAGGCAAGAGCAUCAACUGCUCAGAAUUAAAUGUGAGGGAAUCUGAUAUAAGGGUUUGUGAUGAAUCAUCGUGUAAAUAUGGAGGAGUCUGUAAAGAAGAUGGAGAUGGUUUGAAAUGUGCAUGUCAAUUUCAGUGCCAUACAAAUUAUAUUCCCGUCUGUGGAUCAAAUGGGGACACAUACCAAAAUGAAUGCUUCCUCAGAAGGGCUGCUUGUAAGCACCAGAAAGAGAUAACAGUAGUAACAAGGGGACCAUGCUACUCUGAUAAUGGUUCUGGAUCUGGAGAGGGAGGAGAUGCAUACCCUUCUGUAUUCUGGGUGUUGUUGGCUGUGCUAGGUGGUGAAGUAGAAAAGGAAGAGGAAGGGUCAGGGGCAGAAGUUCACAGAAAACACUCCAAGUGUGGACCUUGCAAAUAUAAAGCUGAGUGUGAUGAAGAUGCAGAAAAUGUUGGGUGUGUAUGUAAUAUAGAUUGCAGUGGAUACAGUUUUAAUCCUGUGUGUGCUUCUGAUGGGAGUUCCUAUAACAAUCCCUGUUUUGUUCGAGAAGCAUCUUGUAUAAAACAAGAACAAAUUGAUAUAAGGCAUCUUGGUCAUUGCACAGACACAGAUGACACUAGUUUGUUGGGAAAGAAAGAUGAUGGACUACAAUAUCGACCAGAUGUGAAAGAUGCUAGUGAUCAAAGGGAAGAUGUUUAUAUUGGAAACUACAUGCCUUGCCCUGAAAACCUCAAUGGUUACUGCAUCCAUGGAAAAUGUGAAUUCACUUAUUCUACUCAGAAGGCUUCUUGUAGUAAGAAGACUGAAUGGGGGCUUCCCUGGUGGUGCAGUGGUUGGGGAUCCGCCUGCCAAUGCAGGGGACAUGGGUUCGAGCCCUGGUCCGGGAGGAUCCUACAUGCUGCAGAGCAACUAACCCCAUGCACCACAACUACUGAAGCCUGCACGCCUAUAGCCUGUGCUCCGCAGCAAGAGAAGCCACCACAGUGAGAAGCCUGUGCACCGCGGCGGAGUGGCCCCAGCUCGCUGCAACUAGAGAAAGCCCGGUGCGCAGCAACGAAGUCCCAACGCAGCCAAAAAUAAAAAUAAAGAAAAGAAAAGAAAAGAAAAGAACAAAAACAGAAAGGAGAACUGAAGAAUAGACCAAAUUUGUUUAAAAAAAAAAAAAGAAGACUGAAUGGUUUAGUAGUUAAAGGCUUUGGAAUCAUAUAUCGGAUUGGCCAGUUUUUGGCUAUGCCCUUUGGAAGUUACUUAAAAUUUCUAAGCCUCAUUUUCCUUAUUUGUAAAAAAAAAAUAAUAAUGGUACUUGUUUCCUAGUGUCGUUAAAAUUAAAUGAGCUAGUGUAUGCAAAGUGCUGAGCACAAUGCCUGUUAUACAAUGUGUGUUUAAGAAGUAGCAAUUGAUGUUAUUAGACUGUACAUACCAUUAGGUUAGGGACUCUGCUCUGCUAACCACUCUCUCUCUAGUGCCUGGCAUAGGGCCGCUUCCAGUAGCUACUCAGUAAAUAGUUUUUGAAUGACAUGUGAUGAUGGCCAACUUUUCCCUCUUCUUCAGACCAGAGGUGUUUCUUAACUGCUACAGAAUCUCUUUUCUGCAUUCUUGUAACUCCAAAAAGCAGGUGAUCUUUUUUUUUUUUGUCUAAGCAUUUAUAGCGUCCACAAGAAACAGGCCAUAGCAUCACGUGCAUUUCCUCUGGUAGGUGUAUGUGUUUGAGUAGCAGUAAACAGGCAGGGGUGAACACCCUUUAGGCACAGUCCUAUUAUUAAGUUAAAAUCUUUUAGCAUUAUCCCAUCAUUAGUUUGUUUAUUUAUUGCCUAUUUUGUACCAAAUCCUACCUGGCACUGGGGUCUCAAAUUCAAAUAUGACAUGGAUCUAGCCUUCAAAAAAACGUACAGUCUGGUGGCAGCGACUGACAAAUAAUACACAAUUAAAAUAUAAUAUGAAAAAUGCUAUCAUACAUAGAUAUGCAUGAGGUGAUUUGGGACUUCAAAAAAGCACUUCAACCUGAAGGGGGCAUGGAGGACAUUGCAGGACGAGGGGCAAGUCUUACAGGGACAUUUGUGCCAACCCAGGAGGUUGUCCUCUGUCUUAAAGGCAGUGAGAAGCCAUUUAAGGAUUUAAAUAAGAAUGAUGUGGUCAGAUCUGAAAGCCACCCUGGUGGCUUGGUGAAAAAUGGAUUAGAAGACUGAACGUUAGGAGACUGUAUGAGUGAGCAGUGAGAGCCUGAACCAAGUAAAGGAGUUGUAGUGGGAAUGAGAUGAGGAGAUAAGUUGCAGAGAGAAAAUAGGUGGCUGAAUCCAUAGGUUUUGGUGACCAGUUGAGUAUGAAGAUGGGAAUGUGGGAGUUGGUGGAGGGUCAUGGGAAGGAAGAAUCAAGAGUCUCCCGGAGAUCACCUCUGUGCUUUGUGACCACCUAGAGGGGUGGGAUAGGGAGGGUGGGAGGGAGGGUGACGCAAGAGGGAAGAGAUAUGGGAACAUAUGUAUAUGUAUAACUGAUUCACUUUGUUGUAAAGGAGAAACUAACACACCAUUGUAAAACAGUUAUACUCCAAUAAAGAUGUUAAAAAAAAAAAAGAGUCUCCCGGGUUUCUGGCUGAUGCAAAAUUGAGUGGGGAAAGAGAAUGGGGGCAGGAGGUUUGCGGGGACAUGAUGUACUGAGCUUAGUAAUGCUUGGUCUCAGGUGCCUGUGGGGUAUCCUCUUACCUAGUAGGCUACUGGGUAUCUGUGGUUUUGGAACUCACGAGACAGAUGCACAUUGACGGCGUGUUUGGGAAUCAUUCCAUCUCCAGCAUAUCCCUUCUAAUUCCUACUCAGCAGUCCUUCCACCCCACUGGGCUUCCAAUUGAUUGAUCUCUCACCCUGCAUGUCCUCAUCGCCUCCUUACUCAGCUUAACUCGUGGUCAAUCCUUGCAGUCCCUGUCUUGCUUCAUCAUAUACUCACUUGACAAAACUAUAAUCCAGGUUCAUUCCAGCUUCCCGCCUGCUGUAUACCUACACUCACCAGACUGACUGGUCUCACUGACCUUUAUACUCAGUGGGCCCUGUACACUGCCGGCAGUCACUCUAUAACUGCGGUCCAUUCAUCCUCCUCUCCUAGAUAAGGUGACUGCUUUAUACCGUCACCCCUCUCUUCAGACUGUCAACACCUCCUCUCUCAUCCUCACUCUCAGCUGAUGAUCUUGUUUCCAAGUUCACUGAGAAAACUGAAGCAAUAUGAGGAGAAUGCCCACAGACUUUUUACUAUCACUGCCAGCAGUGCU